AUGCCAGACCCAGCUAAACCUGCUCCCAAGAAGGGCUCUAAAAAAGCCGUGACCAAGACUGCCGGCAAAGGAGGGAAGAAACGUAGAAAGUCCAGGAAGGAGAGCUAUGCCAUCUACGUGUACAAGGUCCUGAAGCAGGUCCACCCUGACACUGGGAUCUCUUCCAAGGCGAUGGGUAUCAUGAAUUCCUUCGUGAACGACAUCUUCGAGCGUAUCGCUGGAGAGUCUUCCCGCUUGGCCCACUAUAACAAGCGUUCCACCAUCUCUUCCAGGGAGAUCCAGACCGCAGUGCGCCUGCUUCUGCCCGGUGAGCUGGCCAAGCACGCCGUGUCCGAGGGAACAAAGGCCGUCACAAAAUACACCAGCUCCAAGUGAAGUGUUAAUGUAACGCUUCACAACACAAAGGCUCUUUUAAGAGCCACCCACAUUCUUUGAAAAGUAAUUCCAAUAUAAUCAUACCUUACUGCUAAUCAAAUUAGGAAAGACUUUGGAAAUAUAAUCCAUCUAAAUCUUUUGAG